AGCGACACACAUGCUAGCAGAGUUUUGACAUUAUGGCAACUGUACAAGUUAGCGAGGCUGAAAAAGUGUACAUUCUACACGGUAUACGGGAUGACUUAAGGGUGGAUGGGAGAGGCUGUGAGGACUACAGACACAUGGAGGUAGAGACCGAUGUGGUGUCCAACACAGAUGGCUCGGCCAAAGUCACACUGGGGCACACAGUUGUUCUAGUUGGGAUUAAGACUGAAAUUGGGAAACCAAGACCCAUGGUGCCAAAUGAAGGCUACUUGGAGUUCUUUGUUGAUUGUUCAGCCAAUGCUACCCCCGAGUUUGAGGGCAGAGGAGGGGAGGAGCUGGGGACGGAGCUGAGUAACACUCUCUACAAAGUCUUCAACAACAAACACAGUGUGGACCUAAGGAGCCUCUGUAUCAGUGCAGGAGAACACUGCUGGGUCCUUUAUGUGGAUGUGCUGCUGCUGCAGUGUGAUGGAAACCUGUACGAUGCCAUCUCAAUAGCUAUAAAGGCAGCUCUCUUCAACACAAAAAUUCCCAAAGUGCAUAUAUCAGCUGACGACGAAGGAGGGAAGGAAAUUGAGCUGUCAGAUGACCCGUAUGAUUGUAUGAGACUUAAUGUAGAAAACGUUCCUUGUAUAGUGACAUUGUGCAAGGUGGGCCACCGGCACGUCGUGGACGCGACUCUGCAGGAGAAGGCCUGCUCUGUGGCGAGCCUCAUCAUCUCUGUCACACACAAAGGCACUGUCACCUGCACGAGGAAGGUGGGAGGAGGCAGCCUGGAUCCAGAGAGCAUCUUCGAAAUGACAGAGGCAGGUAAACGGGUCGGGAAGGCCCUUCAUGCUCCGCUCAUGAAGCUGCUGCAGCAGGAGGAGAGUUUGGGAAAGAAUCAACAGAAAGUUGGCUUCCUUGGUUAACAUCAGCGCAUGUAUACAGCAUUUUCUAAUAAAACUUAA